CCUCCAUCUCUCGUUCUCAUAACCUCGCCACAACGGCGAGCCACCACAAUUCUCCCCACCCGUCGACUCUUCACCAUGGUCAAGGACGCGCGUGCGCGCCUGUCCUCCCUGCGCCAGCUGAUGCGCGAGCGCAACAUCGGGGUCUAUGUUGUUCCCUCCGGAGAUGCCCAUUCGUCCGAAUACCUCGCGCCUUGCGAUGCCCGCCGCGCUUGGCUUACGGGCUUUACCGGCUCUGCGGGUCUCGCGGUAGUCACGCAGACUGAGGCACUGUGCUGGACCGACGGCCGCUACUUCCUCCAGGCUGGCAAGGAGCUCAGCAGCGACUGGACACUGAUGAAGGCCGGCCUGCCCGAGACGCCGACCUGGACCAACUGGCUCAAGGACCUGGGACCGACGACGCGCGUGGGUGUCGAUCCCACCGUCAUCUCUGAGAAGGAGGCGGCGCCACUUGCCACGGCUCUCGGCACAGACCCGACGCGCGCUCUCGUCCCUAUCAAGGACAACCUCGUCGAUGCUAUCUGGGACGAGCGCCCACCCCGACCUGCGAACCCCGCGUUCCGUCUGGGAGACGAGUAUGCUGGGCAGAGCGUCGGAGACAAGAUCCUGGCGCUGCGCGAGAAGCUCGCGGCGAUCGGUUCACCGGGCCUGGUCGUGAGCGCCCUCGAUGAGGUCGCGUGGCUCUUCAACCUCCGCGGAUCCGACAUUCCGUACAACCCCGUCUUCUUCAGCUACGCCAUCGUGACUCGUCAUGAUACGACCCUGUUCGCCAAUCCGGCCAGCAUUACGCCUGAGGUCAAGGCGUACCUGCAGAAGAACAACGUUGCGGUGCUUGACUACGAGAAGGUGUGGCAGGCACUCGACAGCUGGAAGGGCCAGCUGAGCGCUGAGCGUGCGCAGAAGGACGCGGCCGCGAAGGAGGCCGCUGCUGCGGCUGAGCGGGGUGAGGUCGCCAAGAUGCCUGCCAGCGAGCCCGCACCGCCCAAGAAGGAGGAGAAGAAGGACCCCAAGAUCGUCAAGACUGACAAGGUGCUGAUUGGGAACAGCGCGAGCUGGGCCAUCGCCGACGCGCUCGGCAAGGACAACUGCGAAGUGCGCCGUUCGCUCGUUGAGGACGCGAAGGCGCGCAAGAAUGCUACCGAGAUCGAGGGCUUCCGACGUGCGCAUAUUCGCGAUGGUGCUGCUCUGUGCCGAUACUUUGCGUGGCUGGAGGAGGUACUCGCAAAGGGAGAACAGUGGAGCGAAUUUGACGCGGCGACGCAGCUCGAGAACUUCCGCAAGGAGAACAAGCUGUUCAUGGGUCUCUCGUUUGAUACCAUCUCCUCCACGGGUCCGAAUGCGGCUGUGAUUCACUACUCGCCCUCAGAAACGGAGUCAGCGACGAUCGACCCCAAGCAGAUCUACCUUUGCGACUCGGGCGCACAAUACAUGGACGGCACGACGGACACGACGCGCACAGUGCACUUCGGCACGCCUUCUGCCGCCGAGAAGCGCGCCUUCACGCGCGUGCUGCAGGGCCACAUUGCACUCGACACGGCCGUGUUCCCCACCGGCACCACGGGUUACUUGCUGGACGCGCUCGCGCGCCGUCCGCUGUGGAUGGACGGCCUCGACUACCGGCACGGUACUGGACACGGCGUCGGGCAUUUCCUCAACGUCCACGAGGGCCCGCAGGGCGUGGGUCCGAGGCCGGCGUACAACGAAAUCGGGCUUGCGGAGGGCAUGGUCAUCUCCAACGAGCCGGGAUACUACGAAGACGGCGCGUUCGGGAUCCGCACCGAGAGCGUGGUGGCCAUCCGCCACGCCGCUACGCCCCACAACUUCGGCGACAAGGGAUAUCUGGAAUUUGAGAACUUCACGACCGUCCCGAUCCAGACUAGCCUCAUCCAGCUCGACCUCCUGAGCCCUGCUGAGCGCGAAUGGCUCAACGCGUACCACGCUGAUGUGCUCGCCAAGGUCCGCCCGGAGCUUGAGGGGCACGGCGACGAGCGCGCCAUUGCCUGGCUUAAGCGUCAGUGCGUCCCCGUUUAGAAUAAGGUGGCUGUAGAUGGCAAUGUAUAACGUGACAUGAAGGAGACUGAGAGAUGAG